AUGGAGGAGGCCAAUGGAGAACUGCUUCCCGGGACGCUUCAGCUGUUUGUGCAGACAGAGGACGGUGAUCUUCGAGACCAGGAGAUCACCCUGACUCCACCACCGACGAAUAGCCCGAACGAUCCUCUUAAUUGGUCGCCCUGGCGGAAGUGUUGGCAUGCUGCUUUGGUGCUUUACAUCACAGCCUUGACUGCCGCCACUUCUAACGACGCGGGAGCCGCUGGAGAUGGCAUGCUCGACGAGCUUGGCAUACCGUAUUCGGUGGCCAAUACCGCUGCCGGAGUGUUGUUCCUAGCUAUCGGCUACUGGGCGUUGCUAGCAAGUCCUAUGCCGUGGCUGUAUGGCAGACGUCUGCAAUAUCUUGUCUGCCUGGUAUUCUCCAUUGUUGGGUCAAUCUGGUUUGCUCUGAUCAAGAACAGACAGGAUUCGGUCUGGAAUCAGCUCUUCGUAGGUGCUUCAGAGAGCUGCGCAGAAGCUUUGGCACAACUGUCGCUAUCGGAUCUGUUCUUUCAGCACCAGCGAGGACUGGUUCUGGGCCUCUACAUCCUCGCCACAAGUAUUGGUACUUUCCUGGGACCCCUUGUUGCCGGUUAUAUCGCCAUUGACAGCUGGAGAUGGGUUGGCUGGACCGGUGCCAUUAUAUCUGGUGGAACUCUUGUAGUAUUUUACUUUGGCUUGGAGGAGACUGCAUUCCAUCGUGAGGCUAUCCUAGGUCGUCAUGUUGGAGGCCAGCCUGCUCAGACCAUGGAUGACGAGAAGAAGAUCGCAGGCAACACUGCCCAGCUUGAUGCCAGAGUAUCGACAGAAAGUGUAGCAGACCUGACGGACCAGAAGAAGACCUAUUGGCAACGCAUCGCUGUAAUCACUCCCGCUCCGAACAUGUACGGGACGGGCUUGAAGCAAUACUUCCAGCGGCUCUUCUAUACUUUGCGGAUCUUUCUUUUCCCGGCCGUGCUCUACUCCGGUCUACAAUGGGGUGCCCAGGAUGCGUGGCUUACUUUCUAUCUGACUGUCGAGGAAGACAAUUACUACAAUGCACCCUGGAACUACUCAAACCAGGCUGUCGCCAUCAUGAAUGUGCCUACUCUCAUCGGCGCCACUAUCGGCUGUAUAUAUGGAGGGUGGUUCAGUGACGUGUUCGUGCGCUGGAUGGCGAAGCGUCCUGGUCGUAACGGCAUUUCUGAAGCUGAAGAUCGCCUGUGGCUUCUGUUCGCAUCGGCCAUCAUCAACCCAGCAGGUCUGAUGCUCUUCGGCAUUGGGUCGGGCAACGGCUGGAGCUGGCCUGGUCCCUAUAUUGGACUUGCCAUGACUGGCUUCGGCUUUAGUUGUGCUGGCGAUUUGUCAAUGGCAUACCUCAUGGACGCCUACCCUGACAUGGUCUUGGAAGGUAUGGUAGGUGUUGCUGUCAUCAACAACACUUUAGCUUGUAUCUUUACGUUCACUGGCAGUUAUUGGAUCGACGCCAGCGGACUGUCAGGAACCUUCAUCGGCAUCGGAGUCUUAUCUUUCGCGUUCCAGAUGACAACAGUACCCAUGAUGAUUUGGGGUAAAUCGUGCAGACGGUGGACAUACCAGAAGUAUCAGAGGUUUUUGUAUCUGCGUGAUGGCGAGCGAUGA